AUGAAACAGACGCCCGCGCUCUCUGUUGUAUCCUCCUGUUGGUGUAGCGUCGCCUGCUGUGUCACGCCCGCGCCCUCUGUUGUAUCCUCCUGCUGGUGUAGCGUCGCCUGCUGUGUCACGCCCGCGCCCUCUGUUGUAUCCUCCUGCUGGUGUGGCGUCGCCUGCUGUGUCACCUCCUCUAUUUGCUUAUCCUCUGCUGGUGUAGCGUCGCCUGCUGUCUGCACCGCGCCUCUGCCGGCCUUAUCCUCCUGCACCGGUGCGUCGCCUGCUGUGUCACGCCCGCGCCCUCUGUUGUAUCCUCCUGCUGGUGCUUGGCGUCGCCUUUGUGUCGCGCCACGCCCUCUGUUGUAUCACUCCUGCUGGUGUAGCGUCGCCUGCUGUAUCACGCCCGCGCCCUCUGCACCUUAUCCUCCUGCUGGUGUAGCGUCGCCUGCUGUGUCACGCCCGCGCCCUCUAUUUGUAUCCCCUCCUGCUGGUGGCAAGCGUCUGCCUGCUGUGUCACGCCCGCCUCUGCUGUAUCCUCCUGCUGGUGUGGCGUCGCCUGCUGUGUCACGCGCGCCCUCUGCUGUAUCCUGCUGUUGGUGUAGCGUGCGCCUGCUGUGUCACGCCCGCGCCUCUGUUGUAUCCUCCUGCUGGUGUAGCGUCGCCUGCUGUGUCACGCCCCGCCCUCUGUUUGUAUCCUCCUGCUGGUGUAUGGCGUCGCCUUGCUGCUGUGUCACGCCCCGCCCUCUGUUGUAUCCUCACCUGCUGGUGUGUAGCGUCGCCUGCUGUGUCACGCCCGCGCCCUCUGCCAUGCUCCUGCUGGUGUAG